AGAACCCAAGAGGUUACGUGUGUCAAAAUGGAGAAAAAUUGAAGAAUCUACGAAAACAGAAACGCCUCCCAAAUUUCACAAUGUUACUGGUUUUAGAACAGCUUAGGAUAAAUCCACCAUGACCUGAACAAUGUUAGAUAUAGCAGUGCUGGCUGGGAUUUGUCUGAGCUUUGCCUCAGUCCUGCUUGUCUUUGGAUGUAUUUGCCAGCUGUUCAAAAAGUCAUCUCAUGAAUUUUCAACUUUUGAAAAUGAUGUUGAGGCAGGCCAUGGCCAGGGAUUGUCCAUAUUUUCUACCCAGAAUGCAGUUGCCGAGACUUCAGAGGUCAGUCAGGUUACAUUUGAGCCGUUGCCAGAUAUACUCGCCAAAACUGUGUCAGCUACAGCACUUCGGCCAAGAAUCUCAAGCAUUGAAAAAGAACAGCAAAGGAUCUCUGCUAAACACAUCACAGUGUACAGACCAUUUCCUCGCAGCAAUCUUCUGUAUGUGAAAGAGAUUGGUAUAGGUUGGUUUGGUCAGGUGUUACUUGGAGAUGCCGAGAAAAUUAAUGUCAAUUCUAAAAAGACUAGAGUGGUUGUCAAACUACUGAAGGAUGAUGCUACAAGUUCUGAACAACAGCUGUUCUUAGAGGAAGUUGCUGCUUAUAGGGAAAUUGAGCAUCCAAAUGUGCUUCAACUCCUUGGCCAGUGUACAGAGUCAGCACCAUUCCUAGUCAUCCUGGAGCAAGCACCAUUUGGAGAUGUAAAGUCGUACUUGAAGAGAUGUCUUCCAGAACGAGAAUCAUUUAUAAAGCGGGGUAUGCCCCUGAGGUUUAUCAUAGACAUGGCCUCCGGACUGGCCUCUCUACACAGACAUGACUACCUACACCAUGAUUUUUCCUGUCGUAACUGUUUGGUCAUGUCUGAUCUGUCAGUGAAGGUUGGGGACUAUGGAGUGGCAGAAGAUCACUAUAGGGAGGAUUAUUAUGACACAGGACAGAAUCUGCUUCCCAUCCGCUGGAUGGCACCGGACACCCUGGAAUUACAGGACCUCAUCUGGCAAGUUACACAGUUCUCCAGGGAAUCCAAUAUAUGGUCAUUUGGAGUUGCAAUAUGGGAAGUUUUAGAAUUUGGAGAGAAGCCUUACCAUUUCAUGUCAGAUGAAGAAGUUUUACAGAAGGUCAUCAAACUGAAAGUGGUGGGUCUUACCACAGCCCCGUCAGAGGACCAGAAAGAUUUGUCUGACCUUAUUCCUAUUUGUUGUGCUGGAGAGCCUCCAAGUUUAGAGGACAUUCACUCACGUCUGCUUGAGAUUCAAAAAAACAGACAAGAUCAUCGUGCCAGUCUGGAGAGUGAAUUUGACUCAAAAUGGGAGCAGGCCCCCACAAAAGUGGAGCCAAAGGUUGUAAAUGUUCAAAAAGACAUUCCUCCUGAGCCUUCAGAAGCCAAAGAUGUCCAGAAUAUGGCAGCUAGUCCCAAAUCACAUUCAUCUCUGUCAUCACCUUCCAUUGUUAAUGUUAUAGCAGACGUUCACCUUCCACCAAAAGAUCAUUUGAUGAAAACAGAUCUUCAUUCAGCUGAGUCAGAUUCUUCAAAUAUACCCAUAGUUAGUGAAAGUACAUGUGUAUCUAAACCUGUGAGUGCAGUUACUCGUCCUGUAAAUGUGCCAUUGAAAACUGAAGAAGUGGAGGAUGUCAUAAUGAAUGGCCAUGUGGUCGAGGAAAUGGAGAAGCCCUCUGAUGCCAAUUCUGUUCAAACAAUUUCUAAUGAGAGAAUGAAAGAGGUGGAAAAGCCUCCUGUGAAACAAAUGCCUACAGAUAAUAGUGUAAAUGUAGAAGAAUCUUUUGAUAUUUUGGGGGGAAAUUGUGAUAUUCAAGUAGAAAGUAUGACAAAUUUUCAAUCUCCCCUGCCAACACUUAACUCCCCUCUCAAAAUAAGGAGUUCUGAUUAUUUAACAAGUACCCCGGUAGAAAAAAAGGAAAUGUCUGAUGAAGUCCUACAUUCAGAAGAUCCAGAAAUCCAAAUGGAAGAGAAUCAGGAAAUUGAAGUGGAGAUGAGGAAGAAAGUGUGUGAUGGAAGUGAAAGUCCCACUGGAAGGGGAAGGAAACCUGUAAAAGCCAUGAUACCCAGAGCAUUAUCUGAUGAGAUGGAGGAUGAUGAGAGUAUAGGACGUUACUCUGCUGCUGACAUAGAUAAAGCUUUAGACUUUAUGAAUGAGAGUGAGGGUAAGGAUAGUGUUCUAGAGGCCCAAAACGAGAGGGAUUCCGUGAGUUCUGCCAUUGAGGAUGACAUCGAUGAGGAGGAAGAUAAACUGAAGUUGCUCAGAAUGACAAUUGCUAGUGCUCUGGGGCAAAAGGAAGAUGAAUCUCAGGUUGAUGAGGGUGGUCAUAGCAGUGACACAGAAAACCCAUUCAUGGAUGAUUUAGAUAUUGCUAAGGAAAUCUACAGGUCAAAAGGGACAACUAUUCCUCCUACAAAUCAUACAACAUCGAGGACCUUAAAUACAAUUCCAGAGGAUGGCAUUCCUGUAGAAGACAAUUUGGUAGAGACUGCCAGCAAUGCCAAUACAAAUUCCACAAAAUCCAGUCCCAUAAAAAAAGCUUUAAAAUUUAAUCCCUUUGAUGAGUCCAUUUUUUCGAAUUCAGCACAAGACACUUUCGAGUGGGAUGAUUACAUAGGAGAUGAGCUUGUGGGGAAAGUGAAUGAUGAUGACUUCCAGGAUUCCCCAAGGCAGUCCAUGGAGUUUCCCGAUUGGACUUUAGAAAUGGAUGCUUCAUCCAGUUCUGGAAAUGAAUCAUUAAAUCAUUCCAAACCAGGAAGUGAGGCUUCCGACAGUCGUCCUGGAAGUCGAGCUAGCAAUCAUUUGUCAACCUCUGAAUCAGAGGACUCUGAUGAGGACCAAGACAUUGAUCUCAGCACUAGUACUCUACAAAACACGGUCAGAGAGGAGGACAGUACCUUAGUAGCAGAUGACCAAGUCGUGCCUCAGCUGUCAGAGGAUAUGCAUGACUGCACAACUAUUCCAGAGAAAAAUUCCACAGAGAAUUCAGAGGAAUUAGGAGAGGAAGAGGUCAAAGGUCAAUUGCAAUCUGAAGCAACUUCUAGCAUUCCUGUUUUAGAGAGCCAAGGGGCUGACAUAGAAAAACAAAAGCUUUAGAUUCUAAAAGUUAUAUUAAAGGAAAUCUGUCGAGUAUUUGUAGAUAUUUACCUGUGGAUUUCCUCAUGAACAAAAAAAUUACUUUCAUGUAAAAUGAAAGAGAUUUAGACUUUGAAGUCACAUUUACUAAUGGGCGAAUUUUUUUUACAGCUGUCACAAAUUAAAUAUUAUUUGACCUGUAUGUAAAGAUGGAUUCGGAACAUCUUAUUUUAAUUAGAUCAGUAUAGAUGUGGUAUUUAUAAAUAUUCAUGAUGCUAGCCAGAAUACAGAGUUCCACUUUAUUAUUUAUUUAAGAUUUUUUGCUUAAAAUGUACUUAUCAUGUUAUUUUUUAAGCCUAAAACUGAGAUUUUAUUUUAUAUAUUUCUAAGAUAAAGGAACUUUACUAGCAAAUUUAAUUUGAUUAUGUGACAGAAAGACUUGUGGAAAUUAUAUUCAAUGGUGUAGGUCUGGAAAAAAAAACACAGGUGGUGCUGCCAUUUAAGCGAAAGUGUUUUUAUAAAGUGCUUAACUAUGAUACCUGUGAAAAAAGGAGAUUAUGGUAUUGCAUUUUUUUAAGUGCUGCAUUAUUGAGAGUUGGCAGUUUGAAGUAUUUUCUUGUGUAAUAUAUACAUAUAUCAACAAAUAAUUUUUUAAUCUUUGUUAUUGCUAACUUAAAUUUGUAUGUAUGAUUAUACCUCUGUGCAAUAAUUAUUUUCUUAUCUACUCUAGUCUGUGUAGAAUUUGGGCUUAGGAUAUCAAUAA